AUGUACAUUAUUGGCUCAAUCGCUCUCGCUUUGCUUUUGUGCCAGUUCGUGCCUACCGAGUCGAAGAUUCCGGAAUCUUUCGACGAGCUUGACGGAUCUCGACAAAGGUUUUCUUGACUCUCAGAAGCCUGAACAGAUUGGUGGAGCUUCGAAGUAAAAAGAAAAUCUUUUCAGCGACCUCGUCAUGGACACUGGCUACACGAACCCCGAAGAUUUGAUGCUGGUCCGAUACAUGCGUUCGUUUUCAAUUAUUUUAGGGCUGACUUGUUUUGAAAAAUGUUGAUAGUAUUAUUUCAGGAUCGCCAAUAGGCGAAAAGCGGAAGCAAAACCAACGUUUCUUCCCAUUCUAUAAGGGACUCGGAAAGUAA